AAACAGAGACUUGUGGUGGAAAAAUAUGAAAUGUCAAAAGUAUAGGGUUUUACUUGUAAAAUAUUGAGAUAUUAGGAGAAGAAUAUAAUAAAGUUAAAGUUCAGGCGUUAAGUUGCAGUAAAUGGUAAAAUAGUUAUGUAAUGAAUUAAAAAAAAAAAAGCGAACUAAUGACACAAAACGGAGCCUGAAGAAGUUGAUCAUCGCCGGCCGGGGAAAUAUGAAUCUGUACGACGAUGAAUCACUGAAGCAAGAAGUAAUCUACCUUCACUCGCUCUGGCACCAAGGUCCUCCGACCCGAAACCCAAUCCCUAGCCCUAAUUUCAACCCGGUUCAACGACCCAGCAGGCCUAAUUACAUCCCGCCGGCGGAUUUGCAACUUCUCUCUCGCUAUGGAGCUGUUACUCCACAGAAGAUCAUAUCCAGAAACCCUAACAAUCCUCAAAAUCUCUACAGUAACAACAAGCGUCAGAGGCCUGAUUCGGGCCCAGAAUGGCCUGUGAAGGAACCGCUUCAGUCUGCGGGAUCUGGAUGGCCUGAACAAAGGCCGUGUAAGAAGGCGCGACCUAUUACGGAGGAGGAGAAAGCGAAAUUGGCUGCGAAUUUGCUUCAGAGAGAUAUACAUCGAACCUGUCGCGAGUUCUUCGGUGACAACAAAUCAGGGGAAGAUGAUAGUGAUGAAGGAGAUGAUGAGGAUCAGUCGUUUGAGUUUUUGACGAGAGUGUUUGAAGAGAGUAAUGGGAAGCUUAAGGAAUACUAUGAGAAGAACACUGGGAAUGGAGAGUUCUGGUGUUUGGUUUGUGGUGGCACUGGAGAGAAGAGCUGUAGAAAGUUCAAGAGCUGUUUGGCUUUAAUUCAGCAUUCGCUUUCCAUUAAUAAGACUGAUUUGAAAACUCAGCAUAGAGCUCUUGCACAAGUUGUUUGCAAUGUUCUUGGUUGGGACGUUAACAACCCUGUUGUUUCGAGCCAGAAGGACGCUCAGACUGUGGGGGUAGAGGUGGUUGUGGAAGGAGCAUCUGAGCUGCCUUCAGACUUGAAGAUUCCUCAGGAGAAACAACGGGUCAUGUCUGUUGAAGAACACGCAAAGGCUGAUUUGUUACAAAUGCAACAGAAUGCAUCCGAAGCUUUCAAAGACAUUUUUGCCAAGGAUGGUACUGGUUCAGUUGAGGAGAACGGUGAUGAAAAUUUUUCUGAGGAGUUGGAGUUAAUAUCUAGAGUUUUCUCAGAGAAUGCUGAGCUCAAGAGUCACUAUGAGGAAAACUAUGAAGGUGGAGUAUUUGUCUGUCUGGUGUGUUGUGCUGCGACUGAUAAGAAAAUGAUCAAAAGAUUCAAACACUGUUAUGGAGUUGUUCACCAUUGUACUAAAAUACCGAAAAUGAAAAUACGAGCUCACAAGGCUUUUGCUCGGUUUGUUUGUGAACUACUUGGCUGGGAUUUUGAGCUUCUACCACGUAGAGUAACGAAAGGCGUUACCCCUCUUGUUAUAUCUAAUGCUAACCAGAACAAUGAGAACCCAUCGUCAUCUGUGAUCGAGGAACAUAUGUGCGAAGAUAAGAGCUGAUAAAACCACAGGCCAACAAUGAGGCUGAGGCAUGCGUUGAGGCUUAAAAUCAUAUGGUUUCUCUUCUGGGGAAAUCAAUUUAAGAGUGAAGAUGCAACAAGUUAUGUUAUAUGGAAGGCACUUAAUCUUCUUUCAGGUACACGAUUAUUUAGUUUCCGGGCAUCUUAUCAAACUUUUUAUGACUUGGUAUGAUGGAGUCAUCAAAGACAGUGUUGUAUGCGUUACCCAACUUUUUAUACGAAAUUUUGAUUAAUGAAAAAACAUUCUUUUA